CCGCUCGGUCCUAACCGGAUGUUGAUACUGGCUGAAAGCGGAACGCAGACAGGAACAGCUGAAAAAGAAAAACAAAGCCACGACGACAGAAACAAAACACUUGCGCACACAAAAUAGUGUAAAUAUUGAUGACAUAAUCGCGGGACGAACAUUUCAGUGCCACUGAAACCACAUUUUGAUAAGAAAAUGGGACGCAUCUUCCUGGAUCACAUUGGCGGGACGCGCCUCUUCUCUUGCGCCAACUGCGAUACCAUCCUGACGAAUCGGUCCGAACUCAUUUCCACACGCUUCACAGGAGCCACAGGCAGAGCUUUCCUCUUCAAUAAGGUGGUGAACCUCCAGUACAGCGAAGUGCAGGACAGAGUGAUGCUCACCGGCAGGCACAUGGUGCGGGACGUCAGCUGCAAGAACUGCAACAGCAAGCUGGGCUGGAUCUACGAGUUUGCCACCGAGGACAGUCAGCGGUACAAAGAGGGCCGCGUCAUCCUGGAGAGGGCGCUGGUCAGGGAGAGCGAAGGCUUCGAGGAGCAUGUCCCCUCUGACAACUCCUGAGCUCCGGACCUGCUCACGCCCUCCCGCUCCGCUCCUUCCUCCUCUCCACGCUGCACUUCACCACCUGCACACUUGGGGGGGCCUGUGAGGUUUUGACUUCAGCUUCCCUCUCAUUUCUUGACCUUUGACCUCUGGCGAUUUAAAAAUAAAUAAAUAAAUCGUGUGCUGGUUAGGGACCCCCCCAAAGUAUUCCCAAAGUCCCUCACCGCAGCUGUAACGAGGUGUCCCUUCACUCACCUGCAUAAGCAUGAUCACUGAGUUUACAUUCGACACAUUUUGAUGCUAACUGAGUUCAUGAAGGAAACAUGAACAUGACUGAGCUGUUUCUGUUCAUGGAGUUAAAGUGUUGAAUUCAGAGAGAGCUGAUUCUCUUUGCAAAGCGUUGUAAAAUGAGCCUCUACUUCUAAUUUUUGUGAUAUUUGUGCUCCUGUGUUGUGUUGUGGGACCAUCACGUCUUCACACCGAAUGCAUUUAAGACACCAACAUGGCUGUUUAUCCUCCAUCGGUUAAAUUUUUUCUUCUUAGCUUCUAGUUUAAUGGACGUAGUGGUGUUUCAAAAUCUCCGUUCUCAUAGAAGGGAUACAGUGAGGACCGCACAGAAUGAUGUCAUAUUUUAAUAUUCUUUGUGCUCAAUAGUGAUUCAGCUCCUGCUUCGAUAGUGUACAUAUGAUUUGAUUGGUGCAGCCUACAGAAAGUGACCUCCGCAGCUUCUGCUCACGAUGUGACAGUGGUACCGUUGUAGUUGUUACCAUGGAUUCUGGGCCUGCCUGUGUGCCGUGUGAAGAGCAAAGUGUCACUGUGACAUCCUUCUUGUUUAGAAGUCCUGGUUUAUAAGAUGAUGAGUGAUAUCUGAAAGUAGCUGUGACUCCAAGCUAAACACAGAAUAUUAAGGUUAAGAAUAUUAAGGUGUAAUUUUAAACACGAGCUCUCUGCUGAUGCUGCCUUCAGCAUGAUGACCCACUCUUUAUAUAACCUACAGUUUGGGACAUAUUUUGUCAUCAGAUGACUUGUUUUAUAAAAACCAAAAGCCAGGCGAGCUUUAAUGGGGUACUCAGCCCUUAUUUUUGGACUCUGUUUUUAUAAUCAAAUUGUAUGAAAAAAUUGUUUUUUAUGACAUGUGAUGUUAAUGUUAGACUAUUUUGGGGCGCAGUUUGAUAUGGUGCUGGUUAAAAGUUUACAUAAUGUCAUAAGUUUGGACGUUUUUAGUCAAUACAUUUUAACGAUUUGGUGCACAAGUUUGAAAUUAUUGCUGUUUUUUUUUUGAUUUACAAAGGUUCAGAAUUAUACAUUUAGGCUCAGAUAUAUACAUACUCUUCCCACACAUCUCCCCCAGUACUAUUUGGUUAAAUUCAUUUCGAGAGUUCCAACACAAAGCCAUGUUUUGGAGCCACUGACCGCUCUUCUUGGUAGAAAUGAUAGCAAGUUUAAGGUUUUAAAUUCAAAGAGUUGAGGACAACUCGUUUCUCGUUUUCAGUAUCUUGAUAGUGUCCUGCUUUAUCCAUCCCAGGCUGUAUGUGUCUUUGGGGUCUUGUUAGAACAUAAGAUGGAAGAAAAUUGUUUACAAAGUUCACAGAUAUACUGAAAACAUGACAUUUUGAUAUCACUGAAUAAUCCUACGACUUUUCACUCUUCUCUUUAUGUACCAAUCAUGGCGACCCCCGACUCUUAAUGUUUCAGCCACAAAGGACUACAUCAGAAGUGAAAAUAAAAGCCAGCAAACGAACAUCCAUGGUCAAAUUUCCUUUUGGUAAACCGAGAUUCAGUACAUGGCACCACAAAAUGGCAUCCAAGCCUCUUUUGCGUCCUUUGCAGUUGUGUGAUAUUGUGCAUAUUGGACAAUGGUGGUGGUGGCGUUGCCAGUAGUACCAGUUCAUUGCAAAGUGGAUGGAAUAAUGAAGACAGGACUUGCUUCAACAUCUGCAACUUCACCAGAAACCAACAGGCUGAAACUUGGACAAUGAUCCCAAACACACACAUUAAAAUUGGGUUAGUAAUGAAUAAUGCAGGCCCAAAAUUAAACUUCUAAUAUGACCCAUGCCUUGAAACGUUUAAGAAUGUGUGGAUGGUGCUUAAAAGUCAGGCGUAUGCCGAGAAACCAACCAGUUGAAAUAAAAUCAACCAAUUCUAAUACAAAGAAUGAUCAGUUAUUAGCUGAAAUUGUGCCAGUCAAGAUACAUGUGCUUUAGGUGCAACUUAAUAAAUAACGUUGAACCAGAAGUCAAUGGUGAUGUAUGUAAAGCUUAGAGAGAAAAUCAAGAGCAAGUUGUGUUAAUUAAAAUAAUAAUUGAGGUUGUAUGGUCAUUCCACCCUGAAAUAAAGACAGCAGCAUUUGAUAUCCUAAAGAAAUAUUCAUGGGUUUGUGUAAACUUGUGACUGACGCUGUUUUUAUGAAUGUUUUAUAAAGUUGUUACCAAAAUGGCCAAACCUUCAAUAGAUAGAUCUUUAAAGGUUUUGCUGGUCACAAAAUGGAUUAUUUCUGCAUGCUUUCCACAGUCACAGUAAUAAUAUAUAGUAUUAUGAUGUUCAGGUUUUGCAUUUUAUUCACAGACAAAUUGAUUUAUCUGCUUUGUAUUAUAAGUGUUUUUUUGAUUAUAUUUUUCUUGAAUUAAAAGUUUUUGCUUUGUUUUGCUGUGACUAUGAUCAGAUUUUCUCUAAUGUGAUUUCUAAAUAAAUUUGUGGUCUUGUUGAGUUUA